AUGCGUCCCCUUAACAAAGUAGAUAGCUCUGAUCCGGUAGAAACUAUGAAACAAAAAUUCUCAGAAGUAUUUGUGAAAAAUGACAAACCGAUUUUAGGUUUCAAAGCAACUAUUCAUUUGAAAGAAAAUAGCAAACCAUGGUUUCAUAAAGCCAGACCGGUACCCUAUGCAUUAAAAGACAAGGUGACUGAGGAAUUGAAAAUUCUUGAAAAAGAUGGUGUAAUUGAGCGUGUCGAUAAUAGUUCUUGGGCAAGUCCGCUGGUUGUCGUGCCAAAGGCGGACAAGAAAAGUUUACGACUAUGCGGGGACUAUAAAGUGUCAGUAAAAUCGUGA